AUGAUUGCAACUGCGGGAGUUCAGGUACUUCCCCGCACAGUGGCGGAGUGGAUGACACUGAUGAGAACUGCACUGCAGCUGAGGUUGGAUGAACUGCCAAUACCAGAACAUUUCUACUUAAAAAGACUAGACACAGGAAACCGCUUUUUGCCCAUGCAAAUGACGACUUCUUCUUCUUCACAUCAUAAAAGACGAAAUAGCGCCGUCUUGUUGUUGCUUUCACCGCCUCUCGGGUCUGUGGAAGGUGAAUUUCAAGAAUUAUGUAUUACUCUUACAAAGCGAACGACGAAAGUUCGUCGACACAAAGGGCAAAUGUCUUUUCCCGGUGGGACCGUUGAUGAUGGCGAGACAAAUCUAGAGGCAGCGCAACGAGAAACAAUGGAAGAAGUGGGCAUUGAUGCCUCUGCAUAUAGUGUUAUGGGUUCACUGCACCCAAUCAUAUCUUUAGAUGGCAAUUCGUAUAUACAUCCAUUUGUUGCAAUCGCCAAUUCUCCAGUCUCUCCAAUAUGUCAGAGUCCAAAUGAAGUGACAUCGAUUCAUUAUCUACAUCUUUCCCGUUUAUUAUUAAAUAGUGAGCAAACACACUAUCGACUUCUAAAGUAUAUAUCUUCCUCAUCUCCUGUUCCAACACAUUUUCCGUGUUUCUUCGCUAGUGACUCUCAAGUUACCUACUGCAAUGAAGCCCAUCCUUCACAAAAUGUGAUACCAUUAAGAGAGGAUACAGGACUCUCCCCGUUGCUUCCAGUUGAUUUCCCUGGUGAGUUGGUCUGGGGAUUAACUGCAUUUGUUUUGUGUGAACUGUUGGUACGUCUCUCUAAGGGAUUAACACAAACUCACUCUGUUGACUUGAAAACAAAGUAUUUAUUAAAGUGUUCUCCUCUCAUUGCUCGUGAUCCGGAUGCUCCACUUGGGAAACUUUAG